AUGGUGCGGGGGAAGACGCAGAUGAGGAGGAUAGAGAACGCGACGAGCAGGCAGGUGACCUUCUCCAAGCGCAGGAAUGGGCUGCUGAAGAAGGCGUUCGAGCUGUCUGUGCUUUGCGAUGCCGAGGUUGCCCUCCUCGUCUUCUCCCCUCGCGGCAAGCUCUACGAAUUCGCCAGCGCCAGCAUGCAGGGCACAGUGGAACGUUACAGGAAGCAUGUGAAAGACAGUCCAAAACCCAGACCACCACCCGAGCAAAACAUGCAGCAGUUGAAGGAGGAAGCAGCAAACAUGAUGAAAAAGAUACAGGUUCUUGAAGCCUCCAAAAGGAGGAUGAUGGGAGAAGAUCUAGGAUCAUGCACUAUGGAAGACCUACAGCAGAUUGAGCAACAGCUGGAGAAGAGUGUUGGUGUCGUUCGAGCCAGAAAGAAUCAAGUCUUCAGGGAUCAAGUUGAGAAGCUGAAAGAAAAGGAGAGAGUGUUGUUGGCUGAGAAUGAGAAGCUGUGCCAAAAGUGUGGAACGGACUCAUCAAUGCAUGAAGAGCAAGAGAAGCAGCAGCAGCAGCAGCAGAAAGAGAUGGAGAAAGAACAGCAGAAUGAAAAUUCAGGGUAUGAUGAAGGCAGUCCAGUUUCAGAUGUGGAGACUGAACUCUUCAUUGGACUUCCAACCAAGCGCUUGCUUCCUAGGAAUUAG